ACUUGACUCGAGUUGACCUGUUGCAAAAAAAAAAAGCUGUGAAAAAGCGAACUCUUGGAGAUUUUUUCACUUGGAGAGAAACCACCGGAGAACGGAUCCUGCUGAAAAAGCAAAUCUAUUGGAGAACCUAUCUUCUGAAAAAACUUGGAUAUCUUGGACAUGGCCUUCCGACUACCUGAGGGAUACGUCCCGUGGAGAGCCCGGGUCCAGUGGGACGGCGAGGAUAGAGGUGUUGCCCACUACAUCAUUGAGCGCCCUGCAAUAGAUGGCCAGCCUGAAGUUAUCAGGAUUCUGGAUGACGACAUCGAAGACCAUCGCCCAGCCCAGAUUUUUGGUGAGGAGGAGGACAAUGUCAACGACGAUGUCAGCGACAAUGUCAGUGAGGAGGAGGAAGAGUUCUCAUCUGAUGAAGAUGACUGGUCUGAUGACAGCCCGGACUCAGGAUACAGCACCAUGACGGACGAUGAGGACGACCCUGAACACAGUGAGGAUGACGACAACAGACCUCGCUCGCCUCUCCCGCUCCCACCGCCAAACUUUUGGCAGGAGUGGCGUCAACAGUGUCGACCUUUCCCAGCUGCUGCUCCUCUCGCCGCUCCCACUGGUCCCACUCGUGUUCUGGACGCUGCUCCCUCAACCUCAGGCCUCAGCACCUCCACCAAGAGGACCAGAGAAGAGAGAGACACGGAGCAGGUAGGUAUGAAGAGACCGAGGAGGGACGACGAGGACAACCCUGAAGAGCCCACUCCCUCAACCUCAGGCCUCAGCACCUCCACCAAGAGGACCAGAGAAGAGAGUGACACGGGGCAGGUAGGUAUGAAGAGACCGAGGAGGGACGACGAGGACAACCCUGAAGAGCCCACUCCCUCAACCUCAGGCCUCAGCUCCUCUGCACACAGGGACCCGGCUCCUUCACUCCCAGGACUCCCUCACUUCACUCCUCUUGGAGUCCCAGGAAUCCAGCUCCUUUACUUGCCAAGACGGGAUGAUGACAGCGACUCCGAUUAG